UUGAUGGCUACGCCGUGACUCAAACGCAAAUCGAAUAACAAGAAUGAUAUCAGCAGGCCCAUCAUGCUCGUCACUCGUACUAGACCUCACCCAGUAGAAGGAUUUGAAAUAGCCAAGGUGACUUCCACAACCAUUACUGUGCAAUGGGCUCUUCAUAAAGUCAAACAUGACACAGUCAGCAAGGUGCGCCUGUCCAUACGGCAGCCAGAGGAUGUAGAGGAUCAUGCUGUAGAAUUAAACAAUACUGUGACCAAAUACACAUUUCGGGACCUUCAACCAGGACAGAAGUAUCUUAUCCAUAUGUGGACCUUGAGUGGCCUUAGUAGUGAAGAUCAUCCCACAGAGAGCUUUGCUACAUCUCCUUCUUACGUUUGGACCCGACCUCCGUCUCCUAGAAACCUCACUGCAUCCAGAGUUUUACCCACCUCUGUCCAGAUGACUUGGGAACAACCCCUUGUGGGCUCACUGGAAGGCUACAUCAUCAAUGUCAGUACCAGCCAGAGUGUAAAGAGCCGCUAUGUCCCCAAUGGAAAAUUGUUUUCCUACACAGUGCGUGACCUGAACCCAGGUCAAAGGUAUCGCUUAUCUGUGAUGGCUGUUCAAAAUACUGAUCAAGGACAAGUGAUGAGUGAGCCUGCCCAACUUUACAUUACAGCCUUGCCGAAGGAUGGCAUCUCUGAAAGACAAACUGGGCUUCCACGGGUGUUGAGAAACAGAAAGCCCCCAGAUUUCCUACGAGAACCACAUGUGCUUGCUGAGCACUCUGUCCCCGAGGAGCCCUCACUAACACCCAGGUUUACAGAACUAGUGGAUGGUAGAGGAAGGAUCACUACUAAAAUCAGCAGCUCUCCAAGUCGAUCAGUUUCUGUGAAAUCAGAACCAGACGCUCUCAAGAAAGUUGAAGAAAAUGUGGAGGAAUCAACUAGUCGGGCCAAACUAGCAGUGCAGCUGUCAGAACCUGAGAGUACCAAGAGAGAAAGUGAGAGACAGAAUUGUUCCAUAAACUUCUGCAAAAAUGGUGGGACCUGCAUUGCUGGCUUAGAGUCUUACAAUUGUGACUGUAUUCCAGGAUUCAAAGGCAGAUUAUGUGAACUAGCUUGUAAAAAAGUGCCGCAAUCUUGUACUCGACUGUACUCUGAAACAAAACUUUUUCCAGUCUGGGAAGGACCUGUCUGCCAUUAUCUAUACAAGAGAGUCUAUAAAGCGCACCACGACAUUUGUUAUAAGGAGAGUUGUGAGAGUACUGUAACAAAUAAGGCACUCAGCAGAAAACAAAUCAACAGGCACUGAAACCCACA